UUCAUCUUAUCGAUUUUCCAUUUUUCCAAUAGCAAAAAACCAGUAAAACCACAGAAAAAACUAAAUUUAACUCAAGUGCACCGAAACUAAAAUACAUCCUAAAACUUAAUAUUCAUUAAUAACUGUGAACUGAGCUAUUAUUCCGUCAACACAUCGGCCAACGCUUGCCAACCAUUGAAAGUUUAAAGUUAGGUAGUAUCGAUCGGUAAAUUUUCACUGGCGCUACAAUGAAGACUGGGCACAACGGUAUCGUUAACGAUGCCCAAGGCCGGGUGAAGUGUGUGUUCUGCGUAGUGCAGAUACCAAAAGCAUUCAGUUGCAUUGAACAACACAUCCACGGCUCGAAGCAUAAGGAAACUUUGGAGAUUAUGACCGAUAAUGGAAUUUUCCACAACGAAGACAACACCAUGUACUGCAAGCCGUGCAAGACCAUCCUGAACAAUGAUGAGUCCGCCUCGCAGCACGUGGACGGAGACCAGCACUCCAAUUGGAUUGCCGCCAUCGAGGACCUCAUUGGCGGGGAGUUCAUCAACUUGGACUCAUACUUGUGCUCUGCGAAGUAUGAGGAGGAUAUCCGCUGUGACCUCUGCGAAACUGCAUUCCCUUUUACCCUGGCUCUGCUUGAGAAGCAUGUGAACAGCCAUGACCACCGAGUCCAUUUGGCCGAGAAACUGAAGACACUGAAUGGUAUAUUUCCUGUUGAGAACGGAGAGGAGGUUUGGUGUAAGUUGUGUGAUGUAUACAUAGAGAACAAGGUGCAGGCCAUACUGGACCACAUUGACGAUGAUGAGCUGCACAUGAAGUGGUUCGCGUCCAUGGAUGACAUUAUUGAAGAUCAUGAUAUAUCGUUGGAUGAGUUUCUUUCUGAAGAGCACCACACUACGGCCGAGUGUGGCAAGUGCAACAUGGAGAUUGACUGCACCACUGAGAAUCUGGAAGACCAUGUUUUCUCGGAAACUCACCUGAACCAGUUUGAUUGAACAGUUGUUUCAUUAUUGAAGCUUUUUAACUUUAAUUUGUUGCAAUAAGACUGAUUUUGAGAAAGCACUCAAACAUUAUUUUUGAAACUACAAAAUUUUAUUACUUGUUUGCUCUCUUUACUUUUAAUAUGUCUAUUGAUGUUAUUACUAGGUAUUAUAUUAUAUGCUUAAUAGUAACUAGGUAUGCAUUUUAAAAAGAUCUCAAUGUUUUAUAAUAUUUAUUGUGAAUUUACAACAAAAAUAUAUGAUUAACAAUAUUUAACAAUGAUAUAAUUUUCUAAAUACUUAUUACUAUUUUCAUUUAAAUAAAAAUGUAAUCAAAACUUAAAAAGUUAUGAAUGUUAGAUUGAAUUAUUUGUUAUUAGGUAUAUUAUUAUAUAAAACAAUAUGAAAUAAACAUAAUAUUCCGAAUGCCGAGUGAACUUGUAUUCUGAAUGUAUUUCAAGUAUAAAAACACCUUUAAAUCCAUAUGUAAAACCAAAGCUGAAAUGUAUCACUGUAGUACAUUUAAAUUACAUCUAUGUGUCCUUUCAAAAUAUUUAUGUAGUUAGGAAGUAUAUCUAUGUGUAGUAAUUACAUGUUACUUGCAUUGCAUAUUUAAUAAAUGUAAUAAAUAAACAA